CCUGCACUGAUAAGCCGGUAAAGUUGCUCGUGGGCCAGCAAUUGCCACGGAACCUUCCUCGUCCAAGUCAAGUGACCAGACCGAUCAGUUCGUCAGCUGUGCUCCAAAAGUGAGGAGCCCACUCCGGAAUUCUUUUACCCCAAGGAGCAACAGGAUCAGUUAUCAUGUCCAAGUGGUGGAGCUGCGGCUCCAAUAAGGAGAGCAACAGCAUCUUCCGCAGCGAGGUGAUGUCCUUGGUGCAAAUGUAUCUGCAGCCGGAGGCAGCCUACGAUACGAUUGCCGCCUUAGGCGAAGUGGGAUGUGUUCAGUUCCGUGAUUUGAAUGCGAAAAUAAACGCCCAGCAGCGAAAAUUUAUUGGCGAGGUGAGACGCUGCGAUGAACUGGAGCGCCGGAUCCGUUACGUAACCGCCGAGUUGAACAAGGAGGGUCACAAGGUGCUCGAUCUAAUGGAUGACUUCCCACCGGCCCCGCAGCCACGCGAGAUUAUUGAUUUGGAGUUGCAUCUGGAGAAGACAGAGACAGAAAUCCUGGAGCUGGCUGCCAACAAUGUGAACCUGCAGACCAGCUACUUGGAGCUGAGCGAGAUGAUCCAAGUGCUAGAGCGUACCGAUCAGUUCUUUUCGGACCAGGAGUCGCACAACUUCGAUCUGAAUAAGAUGGGCACCCACCGCGAUCCCGAGAAGUCCAAUGGCCAUCUGGGAUUUGUGGCUGGCGUGAUCAGCCGGGAGAGGGAGUACGCCUUCGAGCGAAUGCUCUGGCGUAUUUCCCGGGGCAAUGUCUUUGUUCGCCGUUGCGAUGUUGAUGUGGCUCUAACGGAUCCCAAGACGGGCAAUGUGCUGCACAAGAGCGUAUUCGUGGUCUUCUUCCAGGGCGACCAGUUGCAGGCCAGGAUCCGCAAGGUGUGCACUGGUUUCCAUGCCCACAUGUAUCCCUGUCCCAGCUCACACUCCGAGCGCCAGGAGAUGGUCAAGAAUGUGAGGACCCGACUGGAGGACCUCCAGGUUAUCAUUAACCAGACGAGUGACCACAGGACCUGCGUCCUGCAGGCUGCCUUGAAACAGCUGCCCACCUGGAGCGCAAUGGUCAAGAAGAUGAAGGGCAUCUACCACACGCUGAACCUUUUCAACGUGGAUCUGGGCAGCAAGUGCCUGAUUGGCGAAGGUUGGGUGCCCAAGAGAGAGCUGGAGCUGGUCGAGGUCGCUCUGGCUGCAGGAUCAGCCAGUGUGGGCAGCACUGUGCCUUCGUUCAUCAACGUAUUGGACACCAAGAAGGAGCCACCAACCCACUUCAGGACCAAUAAGUUUACACGUGGUUUCCAAAACUUGAUUGAUGCCUAUGGAAUCGCUGGCUACAGGGAGGUGAACCCUGGUCUGUACACCUGCAUCACUUUCCCCUUUCUGUUUGCGGUGAUGUUCGGAGAUAUGGGCCACGGAACAAUCCUCUUCCUUCUGGGUUUGUGGAUGGUGAUCGACGAAAAACGGCUGUCCAAGAAGCGAGGUGGCGAGAUUUGGACCAUCUUCUUCGCCGGACGUUAUAUUAUCAUGCUGAUGGGUCUGUUCGCUAUGUACACUGGAUUCCACUAUAACGACAUCUUUUCCAAGUCGAUUAAUGUUUUUGGCACUCGCUGGGUCAAUGUGUACAAUCGAACCACUGUGCUGACCAAUCCCACGCUGCAGCUGAACCCUUCGGUAGCCACUCGUGGUGUUUACCCAAUGGGCAUCGAUCCCAUUUGGCAGUCGGCCUCGAACAAGAUCAUUUUCCUAAACACCUACAAGAUGAAGCUGUCGAUCAUCUUUGGAGUGCUACACAUGGUCUUUGGCGUGUGCAUGUCGGUGGAGAAUUUUGUAUUCUUUAAGAAAUACGCCUACAUCAUCCUGCAGUUCGUGCCCCAGGUUCUCUUCCUGCUUCUCAUGUUCGGCUACAUGUGUUUCAUGAUGUUCUACAAGUGGGUCAAGUACAGUCCAACCACAGACGUGGAGGCCGACACUCCUGGAUGUGCGCCCUCGGUCCUGAUUAUGUUCAUCGACAUGGUGCUUUUCAAGACGGAGACGGCCCUGCCAGGCUGUGAUGUCAAUAUGUUCCCCAUUCAAAAGAACCUGGAGAUGAUCUUCCUGGUGGUGGCCCUUCUUUGCAUUCCCUGGAUUCUGCUUGGAAAACCUCUAUACAUUAAAUACCAACGCCGCAACAGGCCUGCUGGACCAGUGGUGGAAGUGGACGAGAUCGUAGAGAAGAUAGAGGUGACCACUGGCAAGGAGAUCAUCAUCACUGAGGUAGCCGAGGCCCACGAGUCGGGAGGACACAGCGAGGAGGAUGACGAGCCGAUGAGCGAGAUCUGGAUCCACCAGGCCAUCCACACAAUCGAGUAUAUCCUUAGUACCAUCUCCCACACGGCCUCAUAUCUUCGUCUCUGGGCCUUGUCCUUAGCUCAUGCCCAGCUCUCGGAGGUGCUGUGGACUAUGGUGCUGGCGAUGGGACUUCAGAUGAACGGAUACGUGGGCGCCAUUGGGCUGUUUUUCAUCUUCGCCGUUUGGGAGUUCUUCACCAUCGCUAUCAUGGUCAUGAUGGAGGGUCUUUCCGCCUUCCUGCACACAUUGCGCUUGCACUGGGUGGAGUUCAUGAGCAAGUUCUAUGUGGGAAACGGAUAUCCGUUCACGCCAUUCUGUUUCAAGGAUAUUUUGAUCGUCGUCGAAGAUGAUUAGAAUCAUUAGGAGAGCCAUAGUGGUUCCCUCCUGAAAAAGGUUUAAUUAAAAAAGCAUUACAAAAUACUA